AUCGGGCAGCAGAUCGGCGACGAGGUGCGCGCCCUGCACGACACCGGCAAGUUCACGAACAGGCAGCUGGUCAUCCAGAAGAGCGAUUCGUCCAAGGACAUCCGUGGCGACCAGAUCACCUGGAUCGAGGGCAAGGAGCCCGGCUGCGAGGCCAUCGGGCUGCUCAUGAGCAGCAUGGACGACCUGAUCCGCCACUGCGACGGGAAGCUGGGCAACUACAAGAUCAACCGCCGGACGAAAGCCAUGGUUGCUUGUUAUCCAGGCAAUGGAACAGGUUAUGUACAUCAUGUUGAUAAUCCAGAUGGAGAUGGAAGAUGUGUGACAUGUAUAUAUUAUCUUAAUAAAGACUGGGAUGCCAAAGUAAGUGGAGGUAUACUUCGAAUUUUUCCAGAAGGCAAAGCCCAGUUUGCUGACAUUGAACCCAAAUUUGAUAGACUGCUGCUUUUCUGGUCUGACCGUGGCAACCCUCAUGAAGUACAACCAGCAUAACUUUGGUAUUUUGAUGCAGAUGAGAGAGCACGAGCUAAAGUAAAAUAUCUAACAGGUGAAAAAGUAGUGAGGGUUGCGCUCAAUAAAGCUGAUUCAGUCAGUAAAGACGUCUUAUAGAGCCUUUGAACCAACAAUACCCCCACUUCACCUACAAUAAUUGUUGAUGCUAUGUGUUAAUUUGUGAAUACAAAUAAAUGGGAUAAAGAAAAAUAGACAGCCAGUUGACAUUUUAAUAAGGAAACAGAAACAACUUUUUGUGUGUUGCAUCAAACAGAAGAUUUUGACUGCUGUGACUUUGUACUGCA